AUGGACUCGGCCAAGAAGAAUCGGAAUCGCGCCGCCUGCCGCCGCUGCCAGAGACGGAAGAUCCGCUGUGAUGGACAGGCUCCUCGCUGUGGAUCAUGUCAAAAAGCCAAUGUACCAUGUAUCAGCGAUGGAAAGCAGGUGGUUCAUCGCUCGUACAUUGCGAGCAUGGAGAAGCGCAUAAAAUGGCUGGAGAUGACCCUUCAAGAAAGUUGUCCUAAUGUGGACUUGAAUGAAGCUCCAACCCGUGAAAGCGCUCGACUAGACGAUUCGGUAAUGCUCGAUGAUGAGCACGAGGAGCCGUCUAUUCUUAGCCCGCAGCAGCCUCAUAUAGUGGACGAAGAUUGUGGUGCAGAAGAAGCCAGAGCUCAAAGUUCCAUCAGCCCAGUUCGUCCUAGAAGAGCCGCUCCACUAUUGGAAUCUCGACAGGCCCAUGAAGUUGGCUUAGUCUCACUUUCUCCAGGAGGCGAACCACGAUACAUAGGACCGUCUAGUGGGUAUUUCUUUGCCAAUCUUGUCUUCUCGAAUGCUGGCCGGCAACAACAGCGACGAGGCAUUAUAAGUGACCCUGCUGGUUCGGCUUCUGGUGAUCCGAUCUUGUUAGCAGCAGAGCUCCUGCAUACGCCGGCGUCUCUGCCGCCACGACGGGAAAGUGCCGAGGAACUGUCAUCGAAGUACUUUCAAACUAUACAUGUUAGCUACCCAUUCCUACAUCAGCCAUCUCACAUGGAGUGUGUCGGGCAGAUGUAUACCUCCGAGCAGGUGUCGCCAAUAGUAGCAUUCCAGGUUUAUAUGGUUUUGGCCAUUGCAGCCUCUGACCUCUCGCGGAGAUCUAAACUUCGUCUUCCUGCCGAGGGAUAUUAUACCUCGGCAAUGCAGUACUUCGAUCAGUUCUGUCCAGAUGGCUCGUUGGCGGGACUCCAAUCACUACUACUGUUGAUGAUAUACGCAUUGCACAAUCCAUCCUGCGGCAUAAAUAUCUGGAACUUGAAUUACCAGUGCUUGGCAUCACUUAUAGAUCUCGGACUGCAGCGAGAUAUACGCAGCACCCCUUCUCUGAGAAUGUCGCUCUUUGAACAGGAGAUGAGAACAAGAGUAUUCUGGGUGGUCUACACAUUUGACCGAACAAUCGGUACAAUGAUGGGACGACCGGUUGGCGUCAGAGACGAAGCUUGUGAUUUACGACUCCCAAUGGAUAUAGCAGAUCAGGAUCUAACGAGAGGAAAUGUCCGGGAACGGAAUCCGACCGAAUCCUUUUCACACAUUUCUUUCGGAAUACACCUCUUUAAAGUUGCCCGUUUGAACUCGGAGAUCAAAUAUGUCAUGCACAGCAUUUCGCGAGAGCCCCCGGCUUAUGCGUAUCCGCCGGUGAGGGACAUCUUCACUUGGCAAAAAGAGAUUCUAGAAAAGCUACAGAGCUGGAGAUCAGAAAUCCCACAAUCCGAAAGCAGCAUGAGUGCGAAGCUCUGCGAAGCAAAAUAUCACGAGAUGAUGAUAUUGGUUUUACGACCUAGCCCAGCUAUUCCAGAGCCGUCGGAACAGUCCGCGGUUAUGUGUUACCGGCAUGCGAUGGCAUUGCUCGAAAGCUUUCGUGAUUUAUACAAGAAUGACUGUCUGCAGUAUAGCCGGCUGGUCGUACAUUCUAUUUUCUUGGGCACUCUCGUCGUCCUACACAGUAUCUGGAAGUUACCCGACAUUGCUGCAAGUAUUCACAUUGAUGAACUAUCGGCCAAUCUGACUUCCUCGCUCAACAUACUAAGCAGCAUCGGGGAGUAUUGGUUGGAGGCUCAGCGAGCUAGGGACUGUAUCGAAGAAAUAUCCGGGGUCACCAUGAGGCGACUAUUAAAAACUCGGUGUGCGCCAGGUGCUCCCACCACGCCACGACUUCGGCCAAGAGCUCGCACAAAUAACGAAAAUUCGCGAUUCUCUACUUCUCAAGCGCAAGCAAGUCCAGAAACUGAUGGCAGAGCACAACAUAUAAAUUAUAAUCCCCUUGAAACAAACCCUGCAGGGUUUGUUGAGUCGGAAUUAGGGCUUCCUGGCUCGUUACUAGAAGAUCCGGACUCACUGCAACUCUUCGGCGACCCAGCGCUUGAUGGCCUGUUUGGCAUGACAGGGGUCCCUGACUUCGAUGGUUUAAUGUGGGAGUUCUUUAACACUUCCCAAUAA